CACGUGCGCGCACUAAACGUGUUUGUUGUGUAGUUUUGGUUUUUCUUCGAUUCUGAGACUUUUAAGUUAAACCUUAAGUCUAAUUACGGUUCAAUAAUAAUGGAAAUUGAACAGCCGCCGGCUGUGAAUGCCACGGCUUCAACUGAAGACCAGAAAACUGGAGAAACGCCUACAAACCUAUCAACAGAUAAGGUGGAAACAACGCCCCAAUCAGAAAUUGCAGUGGAAAUGGAGCAAACAACGGAGGACAAAUCGAGCAGUGAGUCAGUGGCUAUGGUUCAUGGAGAACAGAUAAACGAUGCCUCAAUUUGUGCCGAAGAAAAGAUGUCAAAAUCUCUUGAUAGUGCUCAAGGUGUGCAGCAGGUGGCACAGAUGGAAUGCGAUGCAGCUGCAGGAGUUGUAAAUCCCGCACAGAAGCAGGAAUCCCCUAUGGAUUGUCAAGUGUCUGGAGCUCCGGAAACUCCCGCUCUAGAAUCUGCAAAGAAUCAGGAGAAUCCAGAACCUAAAAUUCAAAUUCCGCAAGUGCAACCUGCUCCAGAGGCUGCUUCUGCCUCUGGCCUCAGCCUACUGGCUGCCUACAGUUCCGACGUCGAGGACUCGGAUGUCGAGGAAAUCGCCAAAACCCAUGACAUCGACAAUGAAGUCGUUGAAGUUCCAUUAACCGACUCUGGCGCCGCAUCCACCACCGCCUAUCGUCGGCCAGUGGUGGCCGUUAGUUCAGGAAGCGACAGCUCGGACAGCAGCAGCAGUGACUCCGAUUCCGACUCGGAGGGCGAGUACCUUACGGUGCUGCGGAAAAAGAUAGACAAGCGGAUCAACACCGAGGAGUGCGAUGAGGAAGACGAGGACGAGGAGGAGGGAGCCACGGGUGAUAAAUCACGACGCCGUCAGCCGCCCAAGGUCCGCGGCGAAAUGCUGCUCGAUGAGCUACCGCCCAUCCAUCAGCUGGAGAUCACGGUGCCGGAGGAUGAGUGCGUUGAGCUGGGCAAGGUACAAUCCAUUGUCGAUCAACUGGUAUUGGUCUCUGUGCUACCCAACUCCCAACUGUUUGAUCUGGACACCGUUUUGUUCUUGGAGAAGGGCCGCAAGGUUCUCGGAGAGGUGUUCGACGUGUUGGGUCAGGUUGCAGACCCGCUAUACUGCGUCCGUUUCAACAGCAAUCAACAGAUAUUGGACAGAGGCAUCAAAAUCGGCGAUGUGGUGUACUGCGCGCCCAAGACCGAGCAUACCCAGUUCGUGAUACUCUCGAAACUGAUGCAGGUGAGGGGAUCGGAUGCCUCGUGGGAGCACGAUGUGGAGCCUCCGGCCCGUUAUGUAGAUUACUCCGAUGACGAGGAGGAGAGAGAGGCGAGAAACGAACAACGGAAACGUCGCCAGCGGGAGCGCACCGACUCUACGGACUCUGUGGAGACUGUCACCUCGGUAGCCACCACGGCCACAGAGGCGUCUUCAGUGGCGGCGCCUCCGCCGCGGCAGCGUGGACGGCGCGGGCAAAGGGAGAGCUUCCGGCAGAACCAGAGACCUCAGGUCGCUUUUAGGCCAGAUCAGAACCAGAAUCAUAGCCAACAACAGCCAACGGACCAGCAGUAUAGCUAUCAUCCCAGCUAUAAUCCUGGCAGCUGGCACUCGAACUACUAUCACAACUAUCAUCAUCAACCGCCGGCUAACUUCAACAUGCCGCCGCCACAGCCGGCGAUGCACUUCCCAGUUCCCAACUAUGGCUACCCCAUGCCCUAUGCCGUGCCACCCAUGAUGCCACCACACAUGUACCCGCCGUCUUCAGCCUACGGUCCUCCGCCGCCAUCGCAUCCGCGUCAGGGACAGCCGGGGCCACCCAGCUAGAGAUUGAAAGCGAACCCCCAACUUGUGUGAAUUAUCUUUAUUAUUCCAAUAAAAAAAUGUUUGCUUUAAAAAUGUG